UCCUACAACCUGUGCACCGUGAUGAAGAUCCCUCAUGACCCCAUGYACUUUGAGAAGCAUUUCAAAGAUGACAACGAGGGCCCCCUGUCUGACGAGGGCUACAUGCCUUACCUCAACAGGUACAUCCUGGACAAGGUGUGUGAGGAUUUCGACGUGAUCGAGUUCUACCGGAUGUGCUGGACGCUGUGCUACAAGAAAAACAUACACGGUCAGCGCCUCAUCAUCUCAGACAGCGACGCCUUCAAAGUCUGGUGCAUCUUCGACUUCCUGUCUGAAGACAAAUACCCGCUCAUCAUCGUCAUUGAGGAGGUGGAGUAUUUAUUGCGGAAGCUGUCGGAGGCCAUGGGGAUCGGAUGGAGCGAGGAGAAGUUUUCAGAUUACAAACUGCAGCAGAACAAAAAGCGCAGCCUGACUGUCUGGGGCCUGAUCGAACUGGUGGGACUMAUCUACUUCAGCAAGGGCGUGGACCACCAGACCCUGUCCAUGGGCAUCAGCGAGGUGUUUUCAGAGCUCAUCCUGGAUAUCCUCAAGCAGGGUUACAUGAUGAAAAAAGGCCACAAGAGGAAGAACUGGACUGAGCGCUGGUUUGUCCUUCGACCCACCUCGCUGACGUACUACAUCUGUGAAGACCUGACGGAGAAGAAGGGAGACAUCAUUCUGGACCAGCGCUGCUGUGUGGAGUCUUUGGUGGAUAAAGACGGGAAGAAGUGCCUGUUCGUCAUCAAAUGUGCCGAUAAAACCUUUGAGAUCAGCGCCUCGGAUAAGAAGAAGAAGCAGGAAUGGAUUCAAGCCAUACAAACCUGCAUCCAGCUGCUGAGGCUGGGGAUGGCGUCUCCUCACCGCGAGGCGAGGCUGAGGCGCCGGGAGCUCCGGCAGAGGCAGCAGGUGGAGGAGGAGGACCUGGCAGAGAGGAUGAGGAGGCUUCAGGCAGCUAAUGAGAACAAGCAGAGAGAGCUGGAGGACAUGAGGCUGAAAAUGGAAGAGGCUGCAGCCAAAGCAACGCUGGCGGAGCUCCGGAGGAAGAAGACUCAGUCGGACCUGCAGGAUCGCUACAGGCUGGACUUGGCGAAAGAAAAAACGGUGCGGCAGCAGAUGGAGGAGCAGAUGGCUCAAAAGUCCAGUGAGCUGGAGCAGUACCUGCAGAGGGUCCGAGAGCUGGAGGAGAUGUACCACCAGCUGGAGGAGGCCUUGGAGGACGAGAGGCAGACCAAGCAGGACGAGGAGGCCGUGCAGAAACUGCAGGCCAGGCUGCUGGAGGAGGAGGCAGRGAAGAGGGCAGAGCUGGAGCAGAUCUACCUGCAGCAGCAGAGGAUGCUGUCUCGGAGCGAGGCCGAGAAGGAGGAGCUGAGGGCCGAGCGGCGGGCCAAGGAGAGAGACCUGCAGGAAGCCCGGCAGCACCUGGAGAUGCUGGAGAGGGAGCGGCAGGGAGCCGUGGAGCAGUACCAGGAGGUGUCGAGGAAACUGGAGCGAGCGGCGAAUAAAACCAGGAAGUGGAAAGACAAAGUGGCCCAACAUGAGGGUCUGGUGCGCCUCAUCCAGCCAGGUCAUAAAGGCCCCCAGAGGAUCACUAACUGGGGUCCGGCGGCGUUCACAGACAUGGAGCUGGAGCUGAGGAAGAAAUCCUGGCAGGAGAGUAAAAGUCAGGGAGCUCAAACUCAGUGAGACACAAACAUGCUCUGCUGUGUCUCAGYUCAUUCCUCUUCUUCACUCUGUGAGUUUUAACCAGAAGAAGUCAGUUAAAAAUCCAGAAACCAUUUUUUUUACAACACGACCUGGUAAACUCUGUACACUGUGAAGUAAACAGCUAGAUUCUGACUGUAACAAAAAAAAUGUCGUUCAUUUUAUUUGAGUUAUUUUAAACAAACUGUGAUUAGAGUUCACUGUUAAAUAAUCUUUUAGACAAAGUGGAUUUGCUUGAAAAAUAAAUAAAACUUCUUAAAGGUU